UCGUUUCGUUGUCUUGUGGAAAAGUUGGGUUGGCAGUGAUACUUUUUGAUUUAAUUCUUUUCGCGCUGAUUAAUUGCUUUUCUUGAUCUGACACAACCUCUACGAAUCACCGUUAACACGGGUGGCACUUGCUAAGCAGGCCCCCGAGAAAUUUAAAAGACUGAAAGCCUCCAAAUAGAAAUAAAAUUGCUGCACCUGCACAGACGUGUCUGUGUGCAUUGCGAUUUCUAAUCACUCGCAAGACUUUCUUCCACAAAAAGUGACCAGAAAAGAGCCCACACGAGCCCAGCCAUUAAGAAGUGUGCCACUAUUUCGCCCCAUAAAACACGCCGUCCACUUAAAUUCCGUAAGCCAGGCAGCAAAAUACAAUUAAAUAACAGGGGCAAGAGAGAAAGAGACAGAGCACCUGGCGAGGGGCAGGGCGUUUUUUCAGAGUUUCGCUUUUAAUCUGGACAACGACGACGACAAGACCGAUUAACAACACCUAACGAUGAAUGGACAGCCGCCCAAUGCGGGACCCUCCAAAGUGGACCUGUUCAUUACUCAUGUGGAUCACGUGGGUCCGUAUCUGAAGGUCUACGGUCAGGUAAACCGAGACGCCGCCUUCCUGGUCAGCAAGCGAAUCGAGCAGCUUUUGCCCACAUGCUUUGCCAUUGAGCCCAGUUGGUCAGUGGAGCGCCAGCAGGCUCUCCUCAUGCCCGGCACGUUUUGUGUUUUUAAGAAGACCAAUGGCCCGGCUCCUGGUGAUAUAGAAUACAGGCGGAUACGUGUGGUCAGUGCCGACCUGGAGGGUCAGGUGAUGCGGACGGAGAUCGAGUUCCUGGACUUUGGCUAUAAGCGUACUGUGGAUAGUCAUGAUCUUAUGUUUCCGAAGCAACCCAAGCUGCUGCAGAACAUUCCCCUGCUCUGCUCCCAGUACAUCGUGCUGGGCAUCUGCUCCGAGUGGGAUCAGACCGAUCUGUCUGUGGUUCAAGAUCUGAUUGUCAACCAGACCGUUCAAAUCAACAUUGAUCCCACACAUAUUUGUGACCAAAAGUUCGCCAGUCUGCGCUGGAGGGACUUUGAGCUUAACGAGUUCUUGGUGCAACAAAAACAAAUCGGAGCUCCGGUCGGCAAGCAACUCAUGAUGGACCACUGCAAGAAGUUGUGGAAGGAUACUCCACAGUCUCCGGUCACCGAGUACAACAACAAUAGUAUACAUAAUUCAAAGACGCCCACGGAGAUUGCCCGUGAGCAACUCGCGGUGCGACGAUCCUUGGCUGCUCGCUUGGAUGCACAGCGCUCGGUCCAGGUUACACCGCCAAGGCCGCUUAACGCAGAUGCCCCAGACUAUACGCCUAAACAGCUGCCGCUGGUCAAUGUGACAAAUGUACAGGUGCCAAUGCAAGGCCUAAACAAUACUCAGAAACCGGUAUUUGUACCGGCAAAUCCUUAUAAUCGUGCCAACUAUCAGCCCGCUGUGCCGGCUGCUCAACCAUAUGUGCCCAAGGCGAAUCCCCGAUCGCAAUACACCUACUACAAUGUUCGCAUGAACAAACCGAUUACAGCCAUGCCGCCGCCGGCCGGUCCACAUGUGCCCAUUCAGCACUAUAAUCAACAGGCUAGCUACGUACCCUUGAGCUAUGUUCCUGCACGGUUCACCCCGCCUCCGACGCCAUCGAUUGCGCAACGGGCGAAACAAAGCACCAUUCCUGCCUUUAGAACCACAAGCUUAACGGUGGGCCUCACCUACGACGUGGAUAUAAGCUAUGUGGAGAACGGUCCGUACCUAUUUUGGGUGCACCUGAAAAGUAGCGGUGAUAAUCUGAGCGCCAUGAUGGGUCAGAUUGAACGGACGAAGCUCAAGGCGCUCCCUCAGGCUCCUGAACUUGGAACUGCCUGCGUAGCCCGUUUUUCAGAAGAUGGUCAUUUGUAUCGCGCUAUGGUUAGCGCUGUCCACGCCCAACGUUACCGCGUUGUCUACGUCGACUACGGAAACUCGGAGAUGCUGUCAACAAGUGAUCUGUUUCAAAUACCCCCAGAACUAUUGGAAAUCAAGCCAUUUGCUUUCCGAUUUGCUUUGGCCGGAACCAAGGAAAUUGAGCCCAUUGACGAAAGCAUGAAGCGAAUUUUUAAAAAGUCGGCCAUUUAUAGGAACUUUGAACUGACUGUACAGGCGCCGGAGAGUGUAGGAUCCAUGCAAACCUGCCAUCUUAACCAGAAUGGCACCAAUAUGCUGGAGCUUCUUAGACAGUUAAAGAAUUCACGGCAGUCCUACAAAAAGGCGGAGCAACUUGAAAACGACGACGCCGUGGAGAUCCGUUUUAUUGAUUCGCCCAGCAACUUUUAUGUGCAGAAAGUGUCAAACAUAGGAAAGUUCGAGCAGCUCAUGGACGAGAUGUUCUCCUACUACAAUGCAAACCAGAAAGUUCCCGAUCAGUUGAUCUUGGGUGCACCCUGCAUUGUCAAAUGCGAUCAGGAAUGGUACCGCGCGGAGAUUCUGCGUGUUGAUGACUCUGUGAUUGUGCGGCACGUAGAUUUUGGUUAUGAACAGAAUGUGAAGCGGCACCUGAUCGGCCAUAUUGCUGAGAAGCAUCUGGAAAUGCCGCGCCAGGCAAUUAAGUGCUGCCUAAAAGGCUUCGAGAACAGCGAACUUAGCGAGGACAAGAUUACCGACCAGUUCGAAAUGUUAGCUGAGGAAUCCAAUAUCCGUAGGCGCACAUUCAGUGUGCGUAUCUUUCGCAUAGAACCCGAUGGGCUGAACGUAGUCAAUCUGCUGGCCAAAAACCUUAAUGUAAUGAAGAAGCUCUACAAGCUUUCUAUGCCUUUUGAACAGUACCUGUCGCUGGAAAAGGGUCAGUUUAAUGCAAACACCACUCGCGCUGAGUCUGUGAUUUCUUCUGAAUUAGAUAAGAGCCUAAUUUUGAAUUCCACAAGUAUUGUCGAGAGCGACAAUCGUUUGCAAGUUCAGGAAAAGCAGCAGCCACAGAAAAAGGACGAGGCUAAGCAGCAGCAACUAGCGAUCGAAAUUCCGCAACCAGUAAGGGCGGUAUGCGGAGGCAAGAGCUCCGCAGACUGGGACAAACGUAGCUCCACCUCAGCUGGCUCAAAGGACAGUAAGCGUCAGCAGCAGCAACAAACUCAGCGACCCGAUCGCCAUUUGGACUCCAGCUUUGAAACGCAGAGUAUCGGCAGUUACAACAGUGGCAUGAGUUCGCCGCGCAAGGGUAACCGACAACAGAACGGUCGCACACCGAUUCAAUCACCACGGCAUAAUGAAAAGCAGGAAGCGAAAAAAAAUGCGCGCUUUAACAACAACGAGUCACCACGCAGGACUCAAGAAAGCCAGCAGGGGAACCAACGCUCCCAAAAUGCGCCACAGGGCUAUGCUCAAAAACCACAGCGUCAAAAAUCCACGUUGGACGGAACUAUCAGCUCAAAGCGUUCCAGCGGAGUGGAGAGUGAUAUUGCAUCCUCUUCCUCCGAGCCGGUGCCAGUCAGCAAGCCGGAGAAGUACAUCUCUUUGGAAAAACCGUAUGCGCUGCAGGAGAUGAAAACACCUAGUAAGGAGGCAGCCAGUCUGUCUUGGUGGGUCUCGCCAUUCCAGUUCUACGUCGUGCCCAAGUCUGUCUCCGCAAAGUAUGAUAAUGUGCUGCGUGAUAUGCGACAGUUCUACCGCCAGAAGCAACACCAGCCACUUCAAUUAAAGGUUGGAUCCACUGUAGUAGUGCGCCAGCGAAAGGACAACGCCAUUCUGCGGGCAACAGUGACCGCAUGCAAUCACAUGAUGCGCAAGUAUCGCGUGUUUUGCGUGGACACUGGCAGCUUAAUAACAGUCACCUCAGAGGAUGUUUGGCAGUUGGAGCAGCGAUUUGCAGAGCCGCCGUGCAUGGCACAUCGCUGCAGCUUUCACAGCGUGGUUACCAACUAUGAUCCUUUGUACAUUGUGGAUCGCAUGGAAAAGUUCGUUCCAGUUAAUGCCAAAGUCGACUGCGAGUUUGUGGCCAAAGAGAAGAGCAACCAAGGAUCAAAUAACAGCACAACUUGCGCCUACACAGUUAACAUGUUUGUGAACGGAGCCUCGCUACGAGACAUGCUGGUCAAAGCAGAGUUCCUUACUGAAGUGGCACCUGAGAUUCGCGUAAACCUUUUAGCUGGUCAGCAGAUUAGAGGAAAAUUCAGUUCUAUUCGAGACAUGACGAGCUUCAAGGUCCAGUUUGAUUACUGUAAUGUGAACUUUCUGUGCACCUAUGACGAUGCAAAGUUUGUUAAGUCCAAUCCAGAUUUGGCCAGGCGGUUCAAGGAGUUUUAUGAGGGUAAAUCGUUUGCCCUUAAUGUCAAGAAUGUCUGCGAAAACAAUAUCGUUCAUCUGAGACCUGUAAUGCCGUUGUUCAAAGAGGAUCGCAAGACAUUCGUCUGUCCUUAUCCCGUAGUGCUGAGCUCAUUCCAAGCACUUGUUGUGUACACUGCUAAACCUUACCGCGUGUAUGUCCAACCGCAGGCAAUAGUUCCAGCUAUGCAGACCCUAUUGGAUAAUAUGUAUGAACACUAUCAGGCCAAGGGAGAUCCUUUAAAAAAAUUCGAAGUGGGACAGAUCUGUGCUGUACGAAGUUCCGAUGGCAAUUGGUACAGAGCCAGAAUCACAGGAAGGGAUUCAAAUGCAGCAAUCUCCGAAGUAUUUUACAUCGAUUACGGCAAUACGGAGGAAAUAAAGCGUGACGAUAUCAAGGCAUUGGAUGCACAGUUCUAUGAGUACGCAAGCGGCUUUGCAGUAGAGAUUAAUUUGCCGAUUGGACGCCCCAGCAACGAAGCAAAGCUAAAGACGCGUAUAGCUGAGAUUCUUAUGGAAAAGGUUGUCACCAUUAAAUCGAUUGAGGUGCGCCGCAGUCACCUAAUUGCUGAUGUCAUUUUGGAAAACAAUCAGAAUGUGAUAGACCUGCUAAAGUCUGAGAAGCUUGUACCUGGCAAAGAUUUGGACUACAUGCGCAAGCAAAUGGAGAAAGGAAAGUCUCGCACUUACGAGUACAUUGAAACAGUAGACUUAACUUUGGACGAAGAGGAGGAUAAGGGUCGCAAGGAAACUGGCAGCAAGUCGAGUUCGGCAAAUGCCUCGCCAAAGAAGAAACAAAAUAAUGACAGGGACCGCGAGCCCAAGAAAAGUAAGCCAGCAGAGCCUGCUCCGACUUCUGCUCCAUUACCUGUUGCAUUGAAAGCUCCUUCACCAGUUCCUGCGGAGCCGGCACCAGUGCCAAAACCAGCCACUCCCGUUCCAGAGGCUGUUGAUGUACCAGAAAUUAACCCAACUGUUGAAGAAGCUGCUCUCGAGUCAAUGCCGGCUCCUGCAAAGGAGGAUCCUUACAAAGACUUGGACUGCGUUGUGCUGAGUCAUUGCGACAACCCUGCACAAUUCUUUGUCCACCCGAUCGAUCAGCUUUCGAAACUAAAUCAGCUGCAUGAGAACCUUCAGAUUGUGUCUCCCUCUUUGCCCCAGUUGAUAAACGUGGUGAACGGUGCGGACUGCGUUUCGAUGUAUUCGGUAGACAAGUGCUGGUAUCGCGCUAAAAUCAUCGAUGCCGAGCUUAUGGUACUACUUUUCAUAGACUAUGGCAACACAGAUUGCGUAUCGGAUGCAACUGACAUCAAAGAAAGCAUGUGGUCGCACAUCGAACCCUUCUGCUUGCCAUGCGCACUUCCGAUUUGCCCCAAGGGUACAGCUGAUUGGGUGGAUGCAGCGAAUGGCAUCUUUAACGAAUCUUAUUCGAAGAUCCCGCGCCUUGAGUACCUUACCCAAGGAGAUCAUUACACGACCAGUUAUGUUAACAUGUAUAUUGAAGGCGAGGAUGUGGCUAAGAAAUUAAUUGCUGAUGGUUUUGCUAGACCACUAGAAUAUUUGGCCAGUGGAUGCAGCUGCUAUAUUUCGCACGUGAAUGGAAUUUGCGACUUCUUUAUUCAGCUUGAACGUGAUUCAAAAGCCCUAGAACUAAUUGAGAUGUAUUUGCGUGAGGAGGAUAAACUAAAGCCACUCGAACGAUUUGAAAAGGGUUUGAUUGUGGCUGCUCUAUUUGAGGACGAUGAGCUGUGGUACCGAGCCCAGUUGCGAAAGGAAUUGCCCGGUUCCCGAUACGAAGUUCUUUUUAUCGAUUACGGUAACACCUCCACCACUUCGAAGUGUCUAAUGCUGUCCGAGGAGAUUGCUAGUCUGCCCAGCUUAUCCAAGAAAUGUUCGCUGCAGUUGCCGGAGGCCUACAUCUCUUGGACACCAGAAGCUGAGGGUAAAUUCGCCGAACUGACAGGCGAGGGUGAGCUGGUGUUUACCACACAGCUUUUGAAGCCAGGACAGGAUCAUGUCACCAUUGAUCUCCUGUUGGAUGGAGAAAACAUUAUCGAACGACUGUUGCCGUUGUGCCAUCGAAAGGAACCAAAAGAAGCCAGCAAGGAGUCUCUAACUGUAACCACUAAAGCCAUCGUUACACACGUGGAGAAUACAUCCCGGAUGUAUCUUCAGUUUAACGAGAAGGAUUCGUUAAUGGACAUUAUAUGCGAGAAGCUUAACGGAAGCAAGCUGCAGCUCAAGACGGAAAAGGCUUCAGUAGAUGAUAUGUGUGUAGUUCAAUUCGCCGACGACAUGGAGUUCUAUCGCUCACGUAUUCUGGAAGUGCUCGAAGAUGACCAAUACAAGGUAGUUUUGAUCGAUUACGGAAAUACAACAGUGGUGGAUAAGCUUUACGAGUUACCUCAAGAGUUUACGCUCAUUAAACCUGUGGCCGAAGUCUGCAGCAUGGAACCCUGCGCCGUAUUUGAGAAAAAUAAGGCCCUUACCCUAACAACGCUUGACGCGCUGCUGGACAGCUGCAACGGUGUUGUGGCAGUGGAAUUUGUAAACAAGUCUGCCAGUCCCCCGGUGGUCAGAUUGACGACUAAGGAUAAGAGGAGCCUGAAGAUUUAUGAACACCUUCAAAAGUUGAUUGAAGCUGAGCUUAAACUCAUCCAAAAACGAAACGAGAACUCUGAAUGCGUUAUCUCAUAUGGUAGCUCACCGAAGAGUUUCUAUGUGCAAAUGAAGCACAAUUCAGCGGACUUGGACUUGAUUGUAAAGACACUGCAGUCUUUAAAGAAGGAGCAACUGAAGAUAUUAAUCGAUCCUACCAAAAAUUCAAAUGGUGUAUGCUACUCUCAGGAGGAUGCCUGUUACUAUCGCUGUAGUAUCAAGACUGUAUUGGAGGCUAACCAGGGCUUUGAAGUCUUUUUGCUAGAUUUUGGAAACACCCUGGUCGUUCCAGAGGUAUGGAAGCUGCCUCAAGAGAUAGAGCCGAUUCCAUCGUUGGCCCUACACUGCCAGCUCAGUGAGAUUCCAAAAGAUGUGUCUGAUGAAAAACUGGAAGAAGCCUUUGCCGCUUUGCUAGAGCAGCACUUUGGAGAACUUUACGAGAUAACUACUCAGCCAAACGAGGAUGAGACAAAACCUCUUGUUGCUCAACUUCGUAUUAACUAUAAGGAUUUCGUCCAGGAGCUGGCCAGUACGGUGACCGGGGUACAGAAGCCACUCGAAGUGGAGCUGCACAACUGCGUUGUGGUUCAGUACGAUGACCCUAUGUCCUUCUACGUGCAGAUGGAAAGCGAUGUACCAGCACUAGAGCAAAUGACUGAUAAGCUCCUCGAUGCAGAACAGGAGUUGCCCGCCUUUAGCGAUCUCAAAGAGGGCGCUUUGUGUGUGGCUCAGUUUCCUGAGGACGAGGUCUUCUAUCGCGCCCAGAUUGUCAAGGUUUUGGACGAGGGAAAGUGUGAGGUGCAUUUUAUUGACUUUGGCAACAAUGCCGUGACCCAGCAGUUCCGCCAGCUGCCCGAAGAGUUGGCCAAGCCGGAGCGAUACAGCAAGCAUUGCGAGCUGGAGGCGUCUACCAUAUCCAAGUGCGACGCAGCCCUGCUCCAGACGUUCAUUGACACACGCUUCUCUGAAACAUUCCAGGUAGAGAUUCUGGCCACCAAGGGAGCUGGCACCCACGUCGUGCGACUCUUCUACCAGAGCAAGAACAUCAGCGAAAAGCUUCAGGAAAAUCAGUGAUUAGCCCUUUAUACUGUCAGAUCGGAUUCAUAUGUGCUCCAUGCAGGAGAUUGUGAUUAGGUUGGCUAGAACAUGCGUUGUAUUAUCUACUUAGUUGAACGAGUUUAACUUAUUCAAAGGGAAGAGGACACCUCACGAUUAGCCAAGAUGCUUCAUUGAUUUUUCAUGGAAAACCAAAAUGAAAGCAAUUUGUAAUAUUAAUUAAAGAAUCAAUACGGAAUGCAAAACAUUAUCACCAAAAACACAACAAAACGAAAAAAAAUCGAACAAAAAAAAAACGAAAAAUCAUUGAAAAAAAAUCUAUAAAAACAAACGAAAAAUAUUGAAAAACACAUAAAAAAAUGUAAUCUAGAUAAAAUUGGCACUAACCAAUUUAUGUUAGUAGCUAUUAAGGCGGAUGACGAUUUAUUUAAUUGCUCAACCUUGUGUAAAACAAUUUUACAUCAUCAACGAACGUUGGCGAAUUGAAGAGAAGUGGAGUGAAGCUUGAACCUCCUCCAGAAGAAUUAUUUAUUUUCCCUUUAUAACUGUAUUUGUACUUUCUUUUCUCGAUUAACCAACUGAAGAAUCACAUAUAUUUUUCGUACUUCUCAUUUUUUACUUUUCAUUACCUAAACAAACAAAAAAACAUUGCAAAUCGAAGACUAAAGAAACGUAAGGAAACUAAUGGAAUAUGGGUUUAUGUAUUAAAACCUUCAAUCACAAUGUCAUAUUUUUCUACUAUUUCUUUUUCAUGUUGUGAACAAAAUAUUAAAACAAACCAAUAAAUACGAUGAAAAGUAAUGCCAUA